CGUCAUGCGGAAGUGGUUCUGAUUGCGGAAGUGUAGCUACAGAUGCUGUAGGCGCAGCUCACCGAGGCGUUUUGUUCUGGGACAGCAUCUUGGUUCUUGGUGUUUAGAUCCAGAUUCAUGUAGGUCCGUGGGAGCUCCGGGUUACAGCUCAUUCAGAAAUGUAUUCUAGCGCUUGAAAACGACGACAUCAACAGACUCCUCAGACUCCUCUGACCACAGCCGCCCCCCCCGUCUCGUCUCCCCAGAGAUUCUGGCCGAGGCGCCGUCAUGGCCGACCACAACGACACCAGCCUGCCGCCGGAGGAGCGCGUCCGCGCUCUGACCAAGAAGGGCAGCUCGGUGGAGGUCAACGAGGACGUGCCGCCGCGCCGCUACUUCCGCUCCGGGAUGGAGAUGAUCCGCAUGGCUCACAUCUACGCCGACGAGGGCAACAUCGAGCACGCCUUCGUCCUCUACAACAAAUACAUCACUCUCUUUAUAGAAAAACUUCCCAGGCAUCGGGACUACAAGACGGCCAACAUUCCCGAGAAGAAGGACACACUAAAGAAACUGAAGGAUGUCGCGUUUCCUCAAGCGGAGAUUCUGAAAAAGGCCCUUCUGCGGAAAUUUGAGCAAGACUACGCACAGCACCUCGUCAGGAAGAGGGCGGAGCAGGAGGCGCAGGCGCGCGAGCAGUCCAAGCGCCGCGCGCUGGACGCCGAGCGGGAGCGCGUGGCCGAGAUGACGCGGCGGCAGCGGGAGCAGGAGCAGUUCAGCGCCUUCGAGGAGAUGAUCCGCCGCCAGGAGCUGGAGAAGGAGCGCCAGCGCGUGCUGCAGGAGUUCGCCGCUCCCGCCGCGCCCGCCGCCGACGCGCCGCUCCUCCCGGGCAUCCGGGGACCCCCCCCGCAGGGGCCCCAGGCCGCCCCGCAGAGCCCGGGGGAACCGCCCGGCGACGGCGACGACCGCCGGCUCGACCGCCCCCCCCCCGCCACCGCCGCCAUGCCCACCUUCGACCGCUCGCUGAAGCCCGGCUCGCUGGUCAGCCCCGGGAACAACACCACCAUGGAGGACGCGCUGCGGCAGCUGGCCGUCCCGGCCGAGCUGUGCCGCAGCUUCCUGAGGCUCGCCGAGGCCAACACCAGCCGAGCCGUGGAGACGUGCGGCAUCCUGUGUGGCAAACUGACCAGAAACGCGUUCACCGUGACCCACGUCAUCGUACCCAAGCAGUGUGGAGGACCCGACUACUGCGACACCGAAAACGAGGAGGAGCUCUUCCUCAUACAGGACCAGUACGAUCUCAUCACCCUGGGCUGGAUACACACUCACCCCACGCAGACGGCCUUCUUGUCCAGCGUCGACCUCCACACGCACUGCUCCUACCAGAUGAUGCUGCCGGAGGCCAUCGCCAUCGUCUGCUCGCCCAAGUUCAACGAAAUCGGCUACUUCCGGCUGACGGAUCGAGGAACCCACGAGAUCUCCACGUGCAAACAGAAAGGCUUCCACCCGCACAGCAAAGACCCCCCCCUGUUCACGCACGCGGGUCACAUCAACAUCACCGACGACGCGGUGUCCGUCAUGGACCUGCGGUGAAUUUCCUUCGUUCCGUUUCCUUCACCGGAAACACUUGGGUUUUUUUUCCCCCGAGCGGGACGUUUUACUGGAGAAAACCCUCGUUGGGGACGGUACGGAGCGACCUCCGACCCCGGGGUCGACUCUCUCUCUCUCUCUACAGACUCCAGUUGUCCUCCAAGGGACAACGGCAGCGUGAACCUUUUUUUUAUUUUUUAUUUUGCUCCGUAAGAAAAGAAAUAUCACAUUAUUGCACUUUCCGAGCAAACCCCUUCCAUCCAAACCUCCGGCUCUUCGACCCCUCUGUUUGUGUCUCCUCGUUCUCUCCCUUAAUAAAAAAAAAACAACUGUGUGUUCGUCAGCAUGUGGUGACCCAAAUGUCUGUUCAUCAGAGGUCCACAGAUGAAAGUGCCAAGGGAACGCUGUGUGAAGUCAGUGUGUGUUAGGUGUGUGUGUGUGUGUGUGUGUGUGUGUGUGUGUGUGUGUGUGUGUGUGUGUGUGUGUGUGUGUGUGUGUGUCAUGAGCUGAUGGGAGAAAUGAAGGCCAGUUGUAAACUCAGGUUUUCAGGCAGCCUCGCUGCUCUGUGAUGUUUAUUUAUGAGCAACAGCCUUCAUCUACAAAGAGCUUUGUGUGUUCCAGCUAAUGAUGAUUCCACCUUUUACAUGUUUUUACCUCCUUGUUCUUUGUUUGUGUUAAGGUGGGGGUGGGGGGGGGGGAUGAAUGUACCUUCUGCUCCCGACAACACUAACGACCCGAGGCCGGAUCACGCCUCGGCUCUUUGUUCGCUCCCUUCCGCUUGUUAGAAGUGAACAACUAGCCGUAACUUCAAUGAUUUAAUGCUCAAGUUGAAAUAAAACUCAUUGUAGAUUAAUUCAUUCUGCAUGGUUGGGUUUGUUGUGUUUGUCCAGGAAAGGGUUCGGACUCACGGCUUAGUUACAGAGUCAAAUGUCACUUACAGAAUAUGAAGAAUAGUUGACGCUGCAGGCAGAAGGGGUCCGCUCCCUCCCGGGUGACGCUGUUCUGGUGUUUCCUGUGUACCAGCCGAGUAGCCAGGUCAUUUUGUCAGGUCUUAAGCCUAAAAAUGUUUUGAGUGUAAUAGAAUUCAAGAUGGAAGCCAGAACGGUUUGUAUGAAUAAGCGUUUGUAACACGAUAGACUGUCAAAUUAAAGCAGGUUUCAAAACCAACCUGCUUGUUGCAGGCAGCUCGUAGAAUCAAAGCGGAAUGUCUCAGUGGGAUGUAUGUUAUGCUGUGUGAGCUGGAUUUAACAAACUUUCCAUCACAUUCAAUUACUUCACAUUAAAGCCUGGCAAAAAUAAUUCCAUUUGCUAUUGAUGAAAACU